UAAGGGGGCGCUCUUCUCUUUCUUCUUGUUCUUUCAUUUCUCCUUCCCCCUACUCCCUCUCUCUACCCCCGUUUGCCUGUGGCCGCCGCACACAUCAAAACCAAAAACCCGUGUUGGUCUCCUCUCUUCUUCACGCUCUCCCGUUCUCAUCUCUCAGAGGGUUAGGGUUAGUUGUCUUCUUCCUUUCUCGGUGUUUUCUUUCAUGAUUUCUUGAUCCUUUUUAUGAAUUUUCGUUUUGUUUCUUUUCCUUUGGGGGGAAAUAUUUUCCGGCGAAUUGAUCCUUGGUUGCAGCAGGUGGAGUUAAUGGGUUGGAAUUUGCUUGGUUUACGAUAGAGUGGUACUGGAGGCGGAGAGGAUGAUGAGGACAUUCCGGGAAUCCCUUGAUUUCUUUCCUGGCUAAUCAGCUUAGCUUUCUUGAUUUCUGAGAUAGAAUUUGCUUGCUUUGUUCCGAUCUGAUCGAGUGGUUCAGAAAAGAGGAGUAGAAUUUGUAGGAUGGGUUAUUUGAAUUCUAUUGCUGGAAUUCAGGCGGAUGGCUCUCCCGUCAGUGGUGGUGGACUCAGUUACUGCUGCUGCUGCUGCUGCAUGUUAGCCCUCUCAUGUUCUUUUUUGGAAGUUUUUGGUUUAUUUCUGAGUUUUUUACUCACUGAAAGGCUAAAUAAAAUUCUAGGAGUUGAUCUCCGUCUGCAAAGCGGCAUUUACAAGAACAUGAAGUGAUGGUUAAGAUAUUAUCGGGUAUAUUUACAAGGCAACAGAAAUUUCUUCUUAUGAUGAUAAAAAUCCUGGAGCCAUCUCUAUACCAGGAAAAAAGCAAAGGAAGGAGAGAAAUGUUUAAACUUGACUAUAGGUAUUAUGAGACGGAUUACUUAGAUUUUGGAUCUUAUUGACAGCUUGCACGGUUGCAUCAAAUAUAAAAUAUCUCUCAGAAUGGGAAGUUUAGCUAUGGAUAUGCAAGCUUUCCAGGGAAAAGGGCUUCUAUGGAAGACUUCUACGAGACCAGAAUUGAUGGUGUUGAUGGAGAAAUUGUCGGCUUGUUUGGAGUGUUUGAUGGCCAUGGUGGUGCUCGAGCAGCAGAGUAUGUUAAACAAAAUCUCUUCAGCAAUUUGAUCAGGCACCCCAAGUUUAUUUCUGAUACCAAGUUGGCUAUAGCUGAUGCAUACAACCACACAGACUCAGAGUUUCUAAAAUCUGAGAAUAAUCAAAACCGAGAUGCAGGGUCAACUGCUUCAACUGCUGUCCUUGUUGGGGACCGGCUGCUAGUUGCAAAUGUUGGUGACUCCAGGGCUGUAAUAUGUAGGGGAGGGAAUGCUAUAGCUGUCUCAAGGGAUCAUAAGCCUGACCAAACAGAUGAGCGACAACGGAUUGAGGACGCGGGAGGGUUUGUUAUGUGGGCCGGGACGUGGCGUGUUGGUGGUGUGCUUGCCGUUUCCCGUGCUUUUGGUGAUAGGCUUCUGAAGCAGUAUGUUGUUGCUGACCCUGAGAUUCAGGAGGAGGUGGUGGAUGGCUCUCUCGAAUUUCUCAUCCUUGCAAGUGAUGGGCUCUGGGAUGUCGUUUCAAAUGAGGAGGCUGUUGCCAUGAUCAAGGCCAUGGAGGACCCGGAGCAGGCAGCAAAGAGACUUCUGGACGAGGCUUACCAAAGAGGAAGCGCUGACAAUAUUACUUGUGUUGUCGUGCGUUUCUUAGGCUGCCAUGAUAAGGAUGUUCCACUAGAGCAGCGGUAGCUUUCUGUUUGCCUGCGAAAAGCUCGACGCUGCUGCAAUGUCGUCAUCUCAUCUUUGUUGGCUUUUAAUCAGACGUUGCUGAAUCUCCUGGUAUGUAACCUGAUCAAAUUGCGUGGGAGCGGAUUAGUCGUGUUGCAUGGACCUGUAAAGCCUAAAAAUUUGUUUAACUGUAGUCUUGAGUUAAAUGUUUGGAUGCAUGCGAAGAUCUCACAGAUGUGUUGUUAAAUCAAAUCUUUAAAUGUUGUGAUCCUUUAAAAUGUGGCCUAGCAUUGGGUUUGUUAUGGCAACUGGUAUAGCUAGGCCAUAAUUUGUAGCUUCUUUGCUUACCAAGUACAAAGCCGCUGUAGUUGAUAAAUUCCUACCGGUUUCACGCCCAA